CGGCCAGCCAGAGGGAGUGACACAUCUGUAGUCCAUCCACCCCCUCUCUUCUCACCCAUCCUCGCCUUUCUCUCACAUGCUCAGGGGCAGUUAGGAUUGAACCCAGUGGCUGAGUCAAAGCCAAGCCUGUUGGGGUUAAAGGGAAAAAACCAGUCAGGCCAAGUCACAGCAUUCCCUGGAAGAAGCUGAGUGGAGAAGUGUGGAAAGAUGAAUGGACCGGUGGAUGGCUUGUGCGACCAUUCUCUCAGUGACGAAGGAGCCUUCAUGUUCACAUCAGAAUCUGUAGGAGAGGGCCAUCCAGAUAAGAUCUGUGACCAGAUCAGUGAUGCUGUGCUGGAUGCCCAUCUCAAGCAAGACCCCAAUGCCAAAGUGGCCUGCGAGACGGUGUGCAAGACAGGCAUGGUGCUGCUGUGCGGGGAGAUCACCUCCGUGGCCAUGGUGGACUACCAGCGGGUGGUGAGAGAUGCCAUCAAGCACAUCGGCUAUGACGACUCUGCCAAGGGCUUUGACUUCAAGACCUGCAACGUGCUGGUAGCUCUGGAGCAGCAGUCCCCCGAUAUCGCCCAGUGCGUCCAUCUGGACAGAAAUGAAGAGGAUGUGGGUGCAGGGGACCAGGGUCUGAUGUUCGGCUAUGCCACGGACGAGACAGACGAGUGCAUGCCUCUCACCAUCAUGCUCGCACACAAGCUCAACGCCCGGAUGGCGGACUUGCGGCGCUCGGGCAUCCUGCCCUGGCUCAGGCCUGACUCCAAGACCCAGGUGACAGUGCAGUAUACACAGGACCAUGGCGCAGUCAUCCCAGUGCGCGUCCACACCAUCGUCAUCUCCGUACAGCACAACGAAGACAUCACACUGGAGGACAUGCGCAGGGCCUUGAAGGAGCAGGUGAUCCAAGCCGUGGUACCAGCCAAGUACCUGGAUGAAGACACCAUCUACCACCUACAGCCCAGUGGGCGGUUCGUCAUUGGAGGCCCCCAGGGGGACGCAGGCGUCACGGGCCGCAAAAUCAUUGUGGAUACCUAUGGUGGCUGGGGGGCCCAUGGUGGGGGUGCCUUCUCCGGGAAGGACUACACCAAGGUGGACCGCUCGGCAGCUUAUGCUGCCCGCUGGGUGGCCAAGUCCCUGGUGAAGGCUGGGCUAUGCCGCAGAGUUCUCGUCCAGGUUUCCUAUGCCAUCGGUGUGGCCGAGCCUCUGUCCAUCUCCCUAUUCACCUAUGGAACCUCCCAGAAGACAGAGCGGGAGCUGCUAGACGUGGUGAACAAGAACUUUGACCUCCGGCCCGGUGUCAUCGUCAGGGACCUGGAUUUGAAGAAACCCAUCUACCAGAAGACGGCGUGCUAUGGCCACUUUGGAAGGAGCGAGUUCCCCUGGGAAGUCCCUAAGAAGCUGGUGUUUUAGAGCCCCCCGGGUGGGGGGCAGCUAGACCCGGUGAUGGCCUAGUGGCAUCCAGGUCUCCGUGUGUCCCUCCUCCAAGAUUCCCCCCAGACCCUCCCAGGUCUGUGCCUGGGCUUACCCACAAUCCACUGGAGUAAAGCCAGACCCCUUAAAUUGUCACUCUAGCCUGGCACCACCACAA